AUGGAGCGUGCGUCCGUGGGCGCGGGCGGACGGCCACUGAGCCACGAGCAGCCGGCAGCCGGCGAGCCACUCCCUCUCCCCUUAACGAUCAGCGAUAACGACCCCACCUGCCCUUAUCACUACACACACACACACGCACACACGCACACACACACACACACACACACUAACACGCUACGACAGUCAUACAUCAUGAAACAACAGAUCUGUUGCGACAACAACCACCACACUACACACUCUUGA